UCUACCUCUGACCUACUGGUUCAAAGAAGAAGAGUGACAGGAUGGACACAAACUGAAGGGUUUCAAGAGUUAAGUUUAUUGUACCGUUAAGGUCUGGCAUACCUGUACAGUUAGUUUACAAACACGCAAUCUCACUGAAUUAAACCAAGCGACUGGACUAUCCGAAUGGCGGCUGUGAGCGCAAUGCGCAGAAUCAAUGGGAUCUGCUUUCAUGCUGUGCGUGAAACGAGAGGAAUAAACGCACCAAGGCUGCUUCAGUGUAGAUCCAUCAGAAUCAGCGCGGCGCACCAGCAGCAGACUUUCGACUCGUCGCUGGAAAAGCCUCAGUUCCCCGGCGCCUCGGCCGAGUUCGUGGACCAGCUUGACUUCAUCCAGCCCAAUGUGAUCUCUGGGAUCCCGGUGUACCGGGUCAUGGAUAGGCUGGGGAAAAUAAUCAAUCCUUCUCAAGACCCUCAGCUGUCCAAAGAGACGGUUCUAAAUUUUUAUCAGAAGAUGACGCUUCUGAACACGAUGGAUCGGAUUCUGUACGAGUCUCAGAGACAGGGCCGAAUAUCCUUCUACAUGACUAAUUAUGGUGAGGAGGGGACACACAUUGGCAGUGCUGCAGCUCUGGAGCCCAGUGAUUUGGUUUUUGGUCAAUAUAGAGAAGCAGGAGUUCUGAUGUACCGUGGUUUCCCCCUGGACCUCUUCAUGGCCCAGUGCUACGCCAACGCUGACGACCUGGGAAAGGGCCGGCAGAUGCCCGUCCACUAUGGCUGCAAAGAUCUAAAUUUUGUCACCAUCUCCUCCCCUCUGGCCACGCAGAUUCCUCAAGCGGUUGGAGCUGCGUAUGCAAUCAAGAGAGAGAACAUGAAUCGGGCCGUGAUCUGUUAUUUCGGAGAGGGAGCAGCGAGUGAGGGGGACGCUCACGCUGGAUUCAACUUCUCGGCGACCCUCGAGUGUCCGCUGAUUUUCUUCUGCCGCAACAACGGCUACGCCAUUUCCACCCCAACCAAUGAGCAGUACAGAGGAGAUGGCAUUGCUGCUCGUGGGCCAGGUUACGGGAUGCUCUCCAUUCGUGUUGACGGUAACGAUGUGUUUGCGGUGUACAACGCUACAAAGGAAGCGCGUCGCAGAGCUGUGGCUGAAAAUCAGCCUUUUCUUAUUGAGGCGAUGACCUACAGAAUUGGACACCACAGCACGAGCGACGACAGCUCUGCUUACCGCUCUGUGGACGAGGUCAACUACUGGGACAAGCAGGACCACCCCAUCUCCAGGCUGAGGCACUACAUGACAGCCCGGGACUGGUGGAGUGAGGACGACGAGCGGAGCUGGAGGAAGCAAUCCCGCAAGACUGUGAUGGAGGCGUUCGAGAAGGCCGAGAAGCGCUUGAAGCCCAACGUGGAGCUGCUGUUCACAGACGUGUACAAUGAGAUGACACCCAGCUUGAACAAGCAGAGAGAAGCCCUGUGGAAACAUGUGCAGCAAUACAAGGAGCACUACCCUCUAGACCUGUAUGAGAAGUAACACCCCAGCAUUGCCGGAGCGGGUGAGGUUAGCUAGGAGACUGCUGCUGCACCCCCAUACAGGAUUUACCGUGUCACCUUAUUCUGCAAACAAGCUAAAAAAAAAUUUAAAAUUAUAACCAUUUUCUUUGAUACUUGCCUUAGGUUUAAAGUGAAAGAUACAUCCACCAUUACGAAUUUCUUAGAGGAUCCUCAGCAGGUUUGAAUAAAUUAAAAUGAACAUGCAAAGCAAUAGGAACAGGAGAUUUAACCCAGUCUGUCCUUUCUGCAUCUGCUCCAAAACCAUCUUGAAAAGUACGAAUUGCAGUUUUAGACACAAUUAUAUUCCCAGAUGUUCUUAGAAACCCAGAUCUGAAAGUCUGUAAAACAUGGUUUGUUGAAAAAAUAAAACUUUAGAACAUG